GAAGAUGCUCAUUGCAAAUCGGGCAUUCAGAUCGGUUAGUCACCCUGGAUCCAUGUGGCGUCUCGUCGCUACGGUUCUCUCUCUGUGUUCCUGAGAAAGCGUGUGUGAGCUCCAGCUCUACUGAUCCAUCAUCUGUGUGUUUGGAUAAACCUCCGAAUGGACUGUGUGCUCUUUUUUCUGGAGCGUUUACCUCGGACUAUAGGAGCUAGCUUAGCAUGCUAGCUGGAAACACGUUGGCAACACUAGUCAGAUUGAGAGUUUGAUGGAGAGAGAAACGGUGUGUUUAACGGAGUUUGCAGGAACAGGUGAUCUAGGAAACAUGAGUAAAGUCCAAAUGCUGCUGUCGUUGAAGAAGCAGCGACUCACUGCUGAAGAGAUAUUUGCUCUGUUUGAAAAAACGAUAGCAGAGUACGAAGAGGAGCUGUCUCGUUUAAAAGAGGAGAACAAGAGACUCCAGAAACUACUGGACGCUGUUUUACAGCCUCAGCUUCGGAUACACAGAGCAGACGUCCAGCAGCUGGUGGUGGUUAAAGAAGAGGUUCCCCCUGACCAGCAGGAAUGGAGCACCAGUCUGGACCAGGAGGACGCAGAGCCCCCCACACACAUUAAGCAGGAACAGGAGGGACUCAGGAUCAGUCAGGAGGGAGAGCAGCUUUGGGAGCUGGAGGAGGCUGAUAUCACCAAGUCCACUUUCACUCCUGACCCUGUGAAGAGUGCAGAUGAUAAAGAGAAACCUCAGUCCUCACAGCCUCAUCAAAGACAAACUGAACACAUGGAAACAGAAGCUGAUGGAGAUGACUGUCGAGGACUAGAACCAGCCAGGAACUCAGAUCCAGAGAGCAGUUUACAACCAAAGACUGAGGACGACACUGGAGACUCUUCUGAACCUGACACUGGAGACUCUUCUGAAUCUGACACUGAAGACAGUGCUGAUUGGAAGGAGACCAGAGAACCUGCAUCAGGCUCAAACUUACUGAAAAAUAGACAUGAAUCUGUCAGUGAUCCACAACGGAGUGCUGAAAAGAAACCAUUCAGCUGCUCAGUCUGUAAGAAAGCUUUUUCACAGAAUAUAGAGUUAAAGCUACACAUGAGAAUCCACACAGGAGAGAAACCAGUCAGCUGUUCAGUCUGUAAGAAACAUUUUUCCCAGAGUGGAAGUUUAAAAAGACACAUGAGAGUCCACACAGGAGAGAAACCCUUUAGCUGCUCAGUUUGUACCAAAUAUUUUGCAUUGAGUGGAACUUUAGAUAGACACAUGAGAAUCCACACAGGAGUGAAACCAUACAGCUGCUCAGUCUGUAAGAAAGCUUUUUCGCAUAGUGGAAGUUUAAAGGAACACAUGAGAAUCCACACAGGAGAGAAACCAUACAGCUGCUCAGUCUGUAAGAAGGCUUUUUCACGGAGUGGAAUUUUAAAGGAACACAUGAGAAUCCACACAGGAGAGGAAAUAUACAGCUGCUCAGUCUGUAAGAAGGCUUUUUCACGGACUGGUUCAGGCAGUCAACUCGAGCUGUUUCCUGCAGACGUCCAGCAGCUGGUGGCGGUUAAAGAAGAGGUUCCCCCUGACCAGCAGGAAUGGAGCACCAGUCUGGACCAGGAGGACGCAGAGCCCCCCACACACAUUAAGCAGGAACAGGAGGGACUCAGGAUCAGUCAGGAGGGAGAGCAGCUUCAGGAGCUGGAGGAGGCUGAUAUCACCAAGUCCACCUUCACUCCUGACCCUGUGAAGAGUGCAGAUGAUAAAGAGAAACCUCAGUCCUCACAGCCUCAUCAAAGACAAACUGAACACAUGGAAACAGAAGCUGAUGGAGAUGACUGUCGAGGACCAGAACCAGCCAGGAACUCAGAUCCAGAGAGCAGUUUACAACCAAAGACUGAGGACGACACUGGAGACCCUUCUGAACCUGACACUGGAGACUCUUCUGAACCUGACACUGAAGACAGUGCUGAUUGGAAGGAGACCAGAGAACCUGCAUCAGGCUCAAACUUACUGAAAAAUAGACAUGAAUCUGUCAGUGAUCCACAACGGAGUGCUGAAAAGAAACCAUUCAGCUGCUCAGUCUGUAAGAAAGCUUUUUCACAGAAUAUAGAGUUAAAGCUACACAUGAGAAUCCACACAGGAGAGAAACCAGUCAGCUGUUCAGUCUGUAAGAAACAUUUUUCCCAGAGUGGAAGUUUAAAAAGACACAUGAGAGUCCACACAGGAGAGAAACCCUUUAGCUGCUCAGUUUGUACCAAAUAUUUUGCAUUGAGUGGAACUUUAGAUAGACACAUGAGAAUCCACACAGGAGUAAAACCAUACAGCUGCUCAGUCUGUAAGAAAGCUUUUUCACGGAGUGGAAGUUUAAAGGAACACAUGAGAAUCCACACAGGAGAGAAACCAUACAGCUGCUCAGUCUGUAAGAAGGCUUUUUCACGGAGUGGAAUUUUAAAGGAACACAUGAGAAUCCACACAGGAGAGGAAAUAUACAGCUGCUCAGUCUGUAAGAAGGCUUUUUCACGGAGUAGAAUUUUA